CCAUUACCUUAAUCUUCAUUUGUGGGGGAAAAAAACCCUUUAUUACAUCUGUUGAUGAGCCAUUCAUCAGAAAAAAAAAUAUUAUAGUUGUUUGGAAGAGAUACAGUGACUUUAAGAAACUGCACAAGGAUCUCUGGCAAAUUCAUAAAAAUCUAUGCAGGCAUACGGAACUCUUUUUUUUCUUUCCCCCUUUUGCCAAAGUAAUAUUAUUUGGGCGAUUUGAUGAAACUGUGAUUGAAGAGAGAAGGCAAUGCGCUGAAGAUCUGUUGCAGUUUUCUGCUAACAUCCCUGCUCUCUAUAACAGCAAACAGCUUGAAGAGUUUUUUAAGGGUGGGGAGGUGCAUGAUGGUUCUGAACUGAUCGGUCCUGCUGAGCCUCUGUCCGAUUCCCUGACUGACAACCUGUCCGACUGCAGCUCUGAAGUUCGGAAGGAUUUAAGUGGACUUGAUGAUGUGACACUUACCAGCCAAUCGGAAUGUGGAGGACUCUCUAGUGACAGUGACCUGAUCUCUCUGACGGUUGAUGUAGACUCUCUUGCUGAAUUAGAUGAUGGAAUGGCAUCCAACCAAAAUUCCCCCACUAGAGCCUUCGGUAUUGGUGUUCUCUCCGAGUCCCCAGCACAAAGCAUGGUGGCAUCUGAGCAGGAGUGGAGCAAGACUGAGGGCGAGAGGGAGAGCCAUGGCUUGUUUACUGGAAGCUUAAAACUCAAGUCUGGCAAACAAGAUUACUUAGAGAAAGCAGGAGAAUUGAUAAAACUGGCCUUGAAGAAAGAAGAGGAGGAAGAUUACGAAACUGCCUUCAGCUUUUACAGAAAGGGGGUUGAUCUGCUUCUGGAAGGGGUUCAAGGUGAAUCGAGUCCAACUCGUCGAGAAGCAGUGAAAAGGAAGACUGCAGAGUACCUUAUGCGUGCUGAAAAAAUUUCCAGUCUCUACCAUAAACCCUCUGAAGAUACAUCUAUUUCUAUGCCUCCAGGAUCACUAAGUUCAAGGCCCUCUUGGAACCUAAGGAGCCCUGCCGAGGAACUGAAGGCCUUCAGAGUCCUUGGGGUGAUUGACAAGGUUUUGCUUGUAAUGGACACUAGGACACAGGAGACUUUUAUACUGAAGGGUCUAAGGAAAAGUAGUGAGUACAGCAGGAGCAGAACGACCAUCAUCCCCCGCUGCGUGCCCAACAUGGUGUGUCUGCACAAGUACAUCAUCUCCGAGGAGUCUGUCUUUCUUGUGUUACAGCACGCAGAAGGAGGAAAACUAUGGUCUUAUGUCAGUAAAUUCUUAAACAGAAGUCCUGAAGGGAGCUUUGAAAUUCCUGAACUCAAAACAUCCAGUUCAACUAAAAUUCACCUGGAGCAGCCGACCCCUAGUCCUAAAGAGAUCAGCAGCAGCACUGAUUCCAGAGAAAGCUGUGGAGAGAGACUGCUGAAGGUGGUGCCCCUGAAGAGCAGCCUAACGCCGAGCUCUCAGGACGACAGCAGCAACCAGGAUGACGGCCAAGAGAGUUCCAAGUGGAUGGACUCGGCGUCCAGCUCGGAGGAAGAGUGCACUACUAGUUAUUUAACAUUAUGCAACGAGUACGGGCAAGAAAAGAUUGAUUCUGGCUCUCUGAAUGAGGAACCUGUUGUCAAAUUGGAGAAUGAAGGUCUAAAUAGCAAGGAGAGACGUCUGCAGACCUGCACGGUUGUUGGCAGUGAUAGCUUCAGCACUCAGAUUGCAUCUCAGGAACUAAAGCUUUUCAUUGAUGAUGCUGAGUCGGAAAUAGCCAGCCCUACCAGGAUAUUGGACUCAUUAAAUAAAUCAAAGAACAGCCCCAUGGAACUCUUUAGAAUAGACAGUAAAGAUAGCACCAGUGAGCUUCUGGGGCUUGAUUUUGGAGAAAAACUAUAUAACCUUAAAUCAGAACCUUUGAAGCCAUUAUUUUCUGCCCCAGAUCAUGACAGAAGCUUUGAUGCCCUGGAAAACAAACUGGGUGUGAGAGCUCAUGACACCAUAAGCAGAGGUUCAAAUGACUCUGUGCCAGUGAUCUCCUUUAAGGAUGCUGCUUUUGAUGAUGUAAAUAGUGUUGAUGAAGGACGACCUGAUCUCCUAAUAAACUUACCUGGUGUGGCUGAUGAAACAGAGGAGGCAGCAGUGUCGAGGCCCACAAAGUUUACAAAAACGGAUAUGAACGUGUUGGAGGUAAAAUUAUUAGAAACGCCUGAUGUCUUACAGUUAAAUAAUUCUGCAGAACCAUGCAAAGCUUUUGAUCAAGAGCCAAAUCAUGUGGCACCAGAACUGGGCAAUUCUUCCCAUGAAGAAGCAAGUGGACAAAGCGGUGUCAUUCAGGGAGCUCUUGGGAGCCUGUUUACAGCUGAACCAGAGGUAGGUAGUUCAGAAGAAGGGGCUCUGUUUCAAGGGCUGGGAGCCUGCUCCUUAAACAUGACAAGCAAAGAAGAAAGUGUGUUUGUUUCCAACUCGCUGUCAGGUGCUAAAGACGUUAGUUUAGAUAGAGAUGUGAUAAAAGAUGAAGCUGUGUUGCUGUUUUCUGAUCAAACUGAAGACUUUGGGAAAGAGGAAACGGACCCGUCUUUGUUACCAGCAGCAGAAGUUGAAAAGACAGUACCAAAGAGCGAAGAAGAAAUAGGAGUAGCAGUGCAGAAGGAAAUGCAUCACAUUUUUCAGGACCUCGACGAAAGAUUAGCAAUAACCUCCAGGUUUUAUAUCCCAGAGGAUUGCAUUCAAAGAUGGGCAGCUGAAAUGGUUGUAGCCCUUGAUGCUUUACAUAGAGAAGGAAUUGUGUGCCGCGAUUUGAACCCAAACAACAUCUUAUUGAAUGAUAGAGGACACAUUCAGCUAACGUAUUUUAGCAGGUGGAGGGAGGUUGAAGAUUCCUGUGACAACGAUGCCAUAGAGAGAAUGUACUGUGCCCCAGGUUAGAGCAAUCACCUACAAUGUUUCACUUGAAAAGUAGAUAAGCAGCUUUUGUUUUCU